UCCCCGGCUUCGUGGUGGAACGCGACUGGGUGGCCCGAGUUCUGGCCGGACCGCUGUAGGGGUGUACUGAGCGCUUCCGUGUGUGUGUUCUAGGAAGUCACCUUUGUGUGUCCUCAUGGCCUCGCUGGUGGCCUAUGAUGAUUCUGACUCAGAGACUGAGACGGAACCCGCCAGAAGCGUGACUGCCGCAGGCCAGAAGAAUGGUGCCUCUGGUGUGACCAGACUUUCUUUGAAGGGUUUUGCAUCUGGUACAGUGGAUGUGACAAAAGAGGGGGCACAGCACACAGGGAGCAGUCCUGAUAAAGAUCCAGAUGAAGACCCCGGGGAGCAACGCCUGCCGCUGGCUCGGCUCUGGAGAUGUAACCCAGGGUCUUGUCCCAGCCAGAGGCUACAGUGGCCCUCAAAGGAACCUGGUACCACCUUCCCCACCAGUCACCCUCCCUGCCCUUCUCUGUGGAUGAGCCAAGCUCCAGCCAGCCAUGUGCCCCUGGCAGCUGCCUGCUUAAAGCCAAUGAAACCUGCCUGGGAUGCCCUCAGCUCAUCUCUUCAUGUCCAAAGCAAAGUUGAAAGCACCAUUGGAAACACCAGCUCUUCUCAGAGGAAAAGGGGCGAGGACUGUGUGGCUCCCUAUAUCCCCAAGAGACUGAGGCAGCUACAGGCACCGAAUCCAGAAGCUAGACAGGGCAAAGAUGUAAAGCCCCUGGGAUCCCCUUCACAGUGUGCCGCAGCUCCCCUCUGUGUGGCUCCCACAGUGUCAGAGUUUAUCCAGCCAUAUUUGAACAGUCCGUACAGAGAGACUACGGUCCCCACGAAAGUGCUUUUCCACCUCCGAGGCCACAGGGGCCCUGUGAACAGCAUUCAGUGGUGUCCAGUCUUUAGUAAGAGCCAUAUGCUUCUCUCUACUUCCAUGGAUAAAACCUUCAAGGUGUGGAAUGCCGUGGACUCGGGACACUGCCUGCAGACCUACUCUGUGCACAGUGAGGCGGUAAGGGCUGCUCGGUGGUCUCCCUGUGGCCGGCGCAUCCUCAGUGGUGGUUUCGACUUUGCCCUGCACCUAACAGAUCUGGAAACAGGAACCCAAGUAUUUAGUGGACAGAGUGACUUCAGAAUCACCACCGUGAAAUUCUAUCCAAAAGAUCACAACGUCUUUUUAUGUGGCGGCUUCAGCUCUGAAAUCAAAGCCUGGGACACAAGGACUGGCAAGGUGGUGAGAGGCUACAAGGCCACCAUCCAGCAGACCCUGGACAUCCUCUUCCUCCAGGAAGGCUCUGAGUUCCUAAGCAGCACUGACGCAUCCACUCGGGACUCUGCUGACCGAACCAUCAUUGCCUGGGAUUUCCGGACCUCUGCCAAGAUCUCCAACCAAAUUUUCCAUGAGAGGUACACCUGCCCCAGCCUCGCCUUGCAUCCGAGGGAGCCCGUGUUCCUGGCACAAACCAAUGGCAACUACCUGGCACUCUUCUCCUCCGUGUGGCCCUAUCGGAUGAGCAGACGGCGACGCUACGAAGGUCAUAAGGUGGAAGGCUAUGCGGUGGGUUGCGAGUGCUCCCCGUGUGGCGACCUGCUGGUGACAGGCAGCGCUGACGGCCGCGUUCUGAUGUUCAGCUUUCGCACUGCCAGCCGGGCAUGCACGCUGCAAGGGCACACGCAGGCCUGCCUCGGCACCACCUACCACCCUGUGCUGCCUUCCGUCCUUGGCACCUGCUCCUGGGGAGGAGACAUCAAGAUCUGGCACUGACUGGAAACAAAGGCCCUCCUCCUGAGCAGGCGACACUGAAGUUGGCUGGAGGUUAGGCCAGUGCUUAAGAGGCUGCUUCUGCUGCCUGCUGAGCCACACUGACUCCUCUGGAAAAUGGGGGUGAGAAGCCAUCUCAGUGUGUGAGGACUGCGUUAGUAAAGGCAUUGGCCAAGUGGCUGGUGAUGCCCAAUCAAUA